CUCAGCUCUUUGGCACGAGGCCUCUCUGUGAAGAAUGGUGGCUUCCUCUUUCCGCUAUGGGGUGACCAUCACCGGGGCCGUGCUGCUGGUGACGGGGACAUUGUGCUUCGCCUGGUGGAGUGAUGGGGAGAUGGGCGCCGUGGCCAGCAGCGGGACUCAGCUGGUGCCUCCCCGGGAAGCCCACAUGAUGCCCAGCUCCUCCUCGUCCAACGCGCUGCUCCGCUCCGUCAGCUUCUUCUGCUGCGGCAUCGGCGGCAUCCUGCUCCUCUUCGGGCUGCUGUGGUCCGUGAAGGCCAAUGCCAGGGUGGUGUCCCGACGCUACCAGUACCACUUCCCCAGGGACCUCCAGUACUUCACUGCGGAGCCCCUUGAGAAAUGGAACUGCAGCGGCUGGGAUGCCAGCGCCAUCCCCAGCUACGAGGAGGCCCUGAGCUGCCGGCCGGCCCCUGGCGCCCCGGUCUACGUGCGGCCGCCGUCGCGCAAGGAGGGGUGUCCUGAGAGCUCGGGGUGA